GAAUCACCAAUCAGAUUAGAUCGUACCCGCGCCGAGGAAAGAAAGUCUUUUUCCGUCCUCCUCCCAAGAAGUUGACGGGCCUUCUUUCGGACCUCAGCGACUCCACCAGCAGUGUAGUGUAGUGUACGCGCGCAUGUGAACGCGUUCAGGUCGCGUGUCUAGUCGGUAGAUUAUUGGGCAUCUCCGAGUGCAAAACGGAUAAUCUCUUCUCUGAGCUGAAGAGGGUUCUUGAAAUUUGAUAGUUUGGUUCUACGGAUCUAGGUCAGCGGAUUUAGUUAAGUGAAGCUCCCAGCAACUGCAAGCGACAACGGAAAGUACAAAUGUGAAGAAUCAUUCGCCAAUAGUCAGGAAUACAAACUAAGUGAAGGAUUUUAGAGCUGCCGAGGAACGUAAAUAUUGAAAAAAAAAGAAUUUAUAGUGAUUGAAAUGUGUGCUCCGAAGAAAAUGGGUUUCUUAAAUCAAGUGUCGCCAACGAUUGGCUUGGUGGGCCUUUAAGGCGAAAAACAACGCAAAGAAACAGUGAAUGCUAUUAGAUAGUACUUAUCUGAUAUCAGAGUUAGAAUCUCCUACUACAAUAAAACGCAAACGGCAGAUAAGCAAGCAGGAAAAGAGACCAGUCCCGCGUGGAGGCCUAACAGAUCUAAAACAGUUAUAAACGAAUUCUUGUUUUCUGUGUCACUUCUUCAUCUGUGCGUUCGUGUGUUCUGCGCGGACAGAGCGCGAUCUUCCUACCAAUCACCGUCUUCAUCAUCCGCAGCAGCAGCAGCAACAGCAGUAGGCUAAGAUUGGUCUCCAUAGUGAAGUGAACCUAGAAGAGUGAAGCGAAGCGAAUAGACGGAGAAAAAAAAACCGUAAGCCCAAGAGCGAAACGCAACCAAGUGCUGGAAGAGGUAUAAUAAAAUCGAGAAAAAUUAGGACACUGUCGUGUGUUCUUUCCCGAUUGAGUGAGUGUGUGUGUUGAACAAGUUGUUCGAAAGAGUUACAGUACCUAAGGGGGAAGAAAAAAAAAAACUAAACUUUUCUCUCAAUCAGUGGAAGAGGAAAUCAAUCAAACGCGGCAACUUUAGCGCUCCGACAAUAAUGACCCAGCCGAUGAAAACGAGUGGCAAUACUAUGGUAAAUAGUAUUGGGAAUAGCAUUGGGAACAGUAUCAGUGUCGGCAUCGGAAACAAUCUAGUGAACAAUCUAUCCAACUCCAACGGCAACGGAAUGUUAGUCACCAGUAACGGACCCAGCAGCAACAUGAGCACCCCAACGCCGAGCACACCGACCGGCAACAACUGCCAAUCGAUCCGAUAUUGCUGGGAAGCCGACAAAGUGAAAACCCUGAUCCGACUACGGGCAGAACUGUCACCACUUUUCACCGGCAAACGAAAUGCAUCGAAAUACGCGUGGGCGGUCGUCGAACGAGAACUCAGUGUGCCUUUACCGAUUUCAAAAAUCAUCAAAAAAUGGAACAACCUGCUGCAGGAGUACAAGACUCGCAUUCAACCGGACCCGAACAAAAAAGACGACUCAGCCAUCAAAAUGUCAGAGGAACCGAAGCGUCGCGAGUGGCCCUUCUUCAACCUGAUGGACGUAUACUUCAGCGAUCAGGUGAACGAUCCGACCCUGCGUCUGUUUUCGUCGACCAAGCGGUUCGAUACGGACACGCUGGACGAUGCCCAGUUCGACGACGAAAUCAUGAACUCGACGGCUGCGGUGGCCAUUGCUGCUGCCGCGGCCGCCUCAGCCGCCGCUGCCAACGCCGCUAGUCAACAGAAAAUCAAGAACGAACUGAUCCACGGUCACAGCGGUGGCAGCAUGCUAGACAUCUCGGACAUCAUCGAGGACCAUCUGGGCAGUGGAGACUCCAAACUGGAUCAGUUCAAGCGGGAGAUCGUUCUCAGUCAGUUCAGCAACGUUUCAGAACGGAGUAGCAGCAACAGUCGGAAGGAAAAGAACAACAACAACAACAACAACAAUAACAACAACAAUAACAACAAUAACAACAACAAUAACAACAAUAACAACAACAACAAUAAUAACAACAAUAUCACCGCCAACACAAAUGGUAACAUGAACAACAACAACAACAACAGUAGCAACAACAACAACAACAAUGGCCCCAGCUACAGGGAAAAGGAGAAGCAGCUAAUAGAAAGCUUAAGCCACAGCGCUUCCUCCGUGCACUUGAGCAGUGCGGCCAGCAACAAUGGUAGCAUGGAAACCAGCAGUCUAAACAGUAGCCCCACGAGCCACGUCAGCAGUACCAAUGGGCCCAAGAUGACCAACGGACCGUCGUCGCAUGCAAAUUUCAACGCCCUGCUAGCGGCUGCCAACAGCACACAGAACGGAGCGCCCCUGCACAGUAAUAGCAGUGCGAUCAGCAGUACAGACCGGGACACGGAUUACGACGAUUAUCCGAACGAUAAGGACAGCAUGUACGAGGGUGGUGGCAAUGCAAAUCUGAAGAACCUGAACCAGAAACUGCUGCACCAGAUGAACGAACAUCACAACAUAGACCAGUACUUGUUGUCCUGGCGUGGUUUCCAUGGGAACAUGUGCAAGGGCUUCCACAGCUUACAGCGUGAUGGGCAGAUGGUCGAUGUCACGAUUGCUGCCGGUGGAAAGAUCUUCAAGGCGCACAAAUUGGUCCUGUCGGUGUGCAGCCCGUACUUCCAGAAAAUUUUCCUCGAGCACCCGUCGCAGCAUCCGAUCCUGUUCAUGACCGACGUCAAUGCGCACCACAUGGCCGGACUGCUGGACUUUAUGUACAGUGGACAGGUGAAUGUCAAGUAUGAGGACCUGCCCAACUUCCUAAAGGUGGCGGAAGCUUUGCAAGUCAAGGGCUUGCACGGUGAGAGUACCAACGAUGCCGAGGAGCGUGACUAUCAGCAGCAGCAACAGCAGCACGCAAUUCGCUUGCAGGAACAGCAACGCAUCUACCAGCAGCAGCAGAACAUGGCUCAGCAUCAGCAGAGUUUGGCUCAACAGCGUCAGCAGCUGAUCCAAGCAGCCCAGCAGCAAGCACAAGCCGUUGCCCAUGCCCAGCAGCAGCAGGCCGUGCAACAGGCUCAGCAAGCUGCGGCCGCUGCCGCUGCUGCUCAGCAACAACAGCUUGCCAGCCGGAACAGUUUCAAGGAACUGAUGAAAGCCAAGCAUGCAGCCGCUGCAGCAGUACUGAACGAAGACUACCUGAACAACAAUGCCAACAGUAUCAAUAACAACAACAGCUCCCACGCAAACAAUGCCAACCUCAACAAUAACCUCAGCUCCAUGAACAACAAUAACCUCCAACAGUUUGGCGUCCACCAGAUCAAUCCGUCGAAGAAGAUGCUCGAUAGCCAAAAGUAUCAGAAGUACUACUCCAAACGGAAGCUGGUCCAACAGUACGAACAGGAAAUGCGAGCGGAAAAACGGAAACUAGGCAUUGAGGACGUGAUCCAGGCAGCAGCAGCGGCAAAGGCAUUGAAUCUUCGGCUCAACAACGGCGGCAUGACAAGCCCGGUAAGCGUGGUUGCCCCUUCCACGCCAACACCGAAUCCACCGGAAACCCCAACAAAUGGCCACUCGAGCGGAACCGACGAAGAACAACCCCCGCUGAUACAGAACAUCAAAUCCGAGCCCAAUUACGAUGAGGACGAAGGUAUGGAAGUAGACCAGGAUCACAUCUCGUCACCAAACAAUAACAACAACAACACCACCAGCAUCAACAAUAACAACAACAACCACGAGGAGGACUACUACAGCCAGCGUGACUCGGUCAUCGGAAAGUCGAUGAAACAUUCCAUCCUGGAGCCAAAUAUAGUAUUAAAACAGAGCGACGAGUGUCUCAGCACCAACAGCCAGACGGGUAGUCUCAAUCUGUGUAAGAAUGUUAGUUAGGACAGCAGGUCCGGCGGUUGGCCUACGACUUCAGCAACAGCAACAACAGCAACGGUGUGGCGUGAGUGGGAAUGAGUGCCCGUGAGUGAUGAGCGCCCGGACGGAUGAGUGGAGCAUACACACACCCUCAUACAUAUACGUGUAGAAAUAUUUAUAUUUAUUUAUUUUUUCUGUUGAUUUUGUUAACGCUAUCGAGCUUUGUACAUAGGAAUUUCGACGGUUAUAUUCUCAAUAUUUUCAUUUUUUUUUAUAUUCGUCACUUAAAUUAUUGAUCAUUUAGUGUGUAGUAGGUUCGAUCGACGAAUCGGUUUUGUUUUCGAGUUGUUUUGAUUGGCAGCGUGGGGAUUUUUUUUAUUAUUAAAGUACAUUACUUAGCGAUAGCAUCGUUUCCGGCUUCUUCUCCUGGACGGACGAGGUACUGACAAGGAAUAUUUAAUUUAUUGGAUUCGUUUUGCGCAGUCCCCUGACUCCUUCGUUUCAAUUUUUGUUGUUGAAAAAUCGACUUGCACAUAACCUCAUCUUGUUUUAAUUUUAGGCACUAGAUUUAGGUGAAUGUUUGCGUGUGUGCGUAAAAGAUGAGAGAGCGAGUGAGAGAGAGAGAGAGUGAGAUAGUGAGUGGAAGAGAAAAGGAAGAAGCAAAAUGAAAUCAGAAAUUGAUCUACGAAAAGAUUGAUUUUUCUCACCUGAUUAUUUGUGAUCUAUGUUCGCUAUGUGUAGUAGACAGAUGCUGGGCGUCGUGUGACAGUUUUGAUUGUCAGCGCUCCUGAAAUUAAGGGUAAUGAAAUCGAAUGUCGAAAAUGGCGACUCAAAAUAACAAUUUAAACGAAAAUUAAUGGUAUGUAAAAGCUCAGGUCAUUACUAAUCUAGUUCUUGUUGCUUGAGAGAUCGUUUAUUAGCAAAAUUUGUUCGACGCGUAUAGAAUGAUUUGUCUUUGUUGGUUAUUUAAAAGUUCUAUUUAGCCCUAAUUGUUUUGACUGCUAGCGGCAGCUGCAAAAUUUGCUGAAUAACUUAAGUUUUGAUUUAGAUUUAUGAAACUAGAGCGCAAGAAAUCAAUUCAUUCAUUACUCACCUGAUUUGAACUUUUGGCCUAUCGUGGAUUUGUCAGCUGUCAACUGUUUGUGUUUCAUGCAAAAAAAAAAUGAUGAUCCUGCCAGUAAGCGAUGGUAAACAAUAACACUAGCUAAAAGAAGAAAACAGAAAAACUAAGACAAGACGGAUAAACAAUCUUAGUACCAACUGCCAACUAACAAGAAAACAGUGGCAUCUAUUGUGCAAUUAACCCGUUUAAAUGUCGUUGUGAAAUUAAACAAAAAUAUACAAAAUUAACCCUAGCCUAAAGAAUAAACGCGAUGGAGAACUCAAAAUAGAGAUUGGUGUCAAAACUGUCUACAAUAUUUUCAGGUCUGCUGGGAACCAAUUGCAGACCUGUCAUCCAGUUUGUUUUUGUCUGAAUCAUUUUCCAGUGUGGUUCUUGUUUACAACCUUUAUUUUCUAUCGUUUUUGUUUAUUUUUUCACGAUUAAUUAUAGUUGUUAGUAGUUGUUAAGGACUCUCCUUUCUUUCGGGUUUAUUUAUUUAUCUACCUUCUCCAUCCCUACCCUCUAUGUCAACCCUUCUGUUAUCGGUGUCUGAAUGGUCUCCUUUCUAAAGCUUCUAUCAGUUUUCACACGUUUCUGUAGUGCAAAACGACUCUUAGUUAAGUGAGAUUUUUGUUUUCGUUACAAAAAUUAGCCGAAAAGAGAUGCAACAGAAGAUUUAUAUACAUAUACAUAUAGCAAAAUGAGUGUAAUUUAAACGUUGCUUAGUCUAAGUGAGGUAUAGAUAAAUCAUAGACUUACACAUACACCCACACAGAAAAAUGCAAAACUGUGCAAACAAAAAUAUACUUAUAUGAGUGUUAGAUUUUUAUAGAAAUAUUGAUAUUUACAAGAUAAACAACAAAAAACAAAACAACAAAACAAAACAGACUUGUGAAAAACAAUAAGCAGCAUCGCAUCAGCGACGGCAGAAACGACUCACACAAUGAAAAAGAACGUAAAUGAAACAUUUUCACACACUCACACACACAUACCUUACCUGAACAAAAUAAAAAAAAAACAACUAGCAAGACGCGAAAAAAAACGACAACUAAAUUAUACUAAGUAUACACUCUAAGGGCAAAGAAAAAGAUACAAUAAUUUUAGGAAACACCCUCAAAACUCACGGCAAGAAGCUGAGUUACUAAAUGAAAGUAAAAAUAUACCUACUAACAUGAAAACUAUUUAUGUCGAUGUGUAAUAAAUAUGUGCAAAAGCAAACAUAAAGUAAAACUACAUUAAAGAAAAUGCUAUCAUUGUACACGAGCGGCAACAGCAGCAGUAGCAAGCCAGAAAGCGGGAAAAUAUAUUUCUAUAUUUGUAUUGUGUAGCGUUCAGAACGCAAAUUGUUCAACAAGACAAGACAAAUAGCACAAAUUCAAACAAACACGUACGCCCACACAAACACACACACACACACACACCCCGACACACAAACCGACACUCUCCCAAAGUGGAAUAGAAGAGAUAAAAAAAAAAGCUCGGGUCCCAGUGAUGACAGCCAACAAUGGAACGACGACGACGGAACCGGUGCAGGAGGGGAAAUAAUUACUCAACACACUUACAUAGGAUACAAAUGCAUAGAGAUAAACAAGCCUAAUGACAGUUUGCCGCCUAGAAACAAACAAACAAACAAACAAACAAACAAACAAACAUGCAGA